ACGUGGUGAAACAGGACUCGUCAGGUCAGAGUAAACCGUUCUUUGGAAGUGCUGCCGCAACCCCAGGAAGCAGUCAGAGGGUCGCCAAGGAGAGAGGGUAUUCACAAACAACACAAAAGCAAAGUGGCAGAGCACGUGCCUAGGAUGUGCCAGACUUGGACUUGGAUCCCGGCACACAUGCCCAUCUCGCUCCCCCCAUUGUCAGGCCUGAGCUCGUAGGCCUGCUAAGAAAAUGGGAUGUGGGGCCCAGGGACCCCGGCACUGGAAACACACACACACACACACACACACACACACACACACACACUGCACUCUGUCACAUGCAGUCUCUGGCCUCCCGACCCAUCUGAAUAAGCAUUCUUAUUAGACAGGAAAUCAGAGUUAGAUCCCCUCCACAAAAGCCGCCAAAGGUGGCCUGGAGAAAGUUCGCCUCAGGGGCAGGACGGAACUCAGGAGAUGGGCCCAAGCCUGAGGCCCCUAGCCGGGCUCUAGACCUCUACCUCUGAGUGCCUCAACUUCCCCUUCUUUACUGCUGGGAGAGAAGGCGGCAAAGCGGCCUCCAGGCUGGGCAUCCUGAAGAAUUCGCACAGUUCACUGACCAAGAUGGCAACGGUGCUGCUGCUCCUGCUCCCCACGCUGGCCGGCCUCUUCCGAGCCUCCGAAGCGCAGGAUUUCCGCUUGGGGCAGUGCCCGGCUCCGCCCGUGCAGAAUCAUUUUAACGUGACCAAGUAUCUUGGAACAUGGUAUGAAAUUGAGAAGAUUCCCACGAACUUCGAGAGGGGAAGUUGCAUCCAAGCCAGCUACUCCCUAAAGAGAAACGGAAACAUCAAAGUGAUAAACCAGGAGCUGAGGUCCGAUGGAACCCUGAAUUACAUCGAAGGAGAAGCUGCGCAGAGCAACGUCGUGGAGCCUGCUAAGCUGGGAGUGAGGUUUUUCUGGUUGAUGCCGUGGUCUCCGUACUGGGUCCUGGCCACCGACUAUGAGAGCUACUCCCUCGUGUAUUCCUGUACCAACAUGUGGCUGUUCCAUACGGAUUAUGCCUGGAUCUUGGGAAGAAACCCUUACCUCUCUCCAAAAACAAUCAAUCAACUCAAAGCUAUUCUGACUGAUUAUGACAUUAACAUCCAGAAAAUGACCAAAACAGAUCAGGUAAAGUGCCCGUACUUCCGGUAGCCGGGCUCACAAAGGCCGCACCAUUUAUUCCUAACUUCAUUCAUGCCACUGCACCCCAUACACUUAAGCUCUUAUGCCGAAGAUAACCUGGAUCUUUUUGGUAGAGCAUAGUAUAUAUCAGACGGAAAUUAUGAAAACAGGACACAGUGGAAAGGAAGUCAAGAAAGGUUCUCUCAGACCCUUAGGCACACAACCCUGCCAUUCCUUCCAAGCCUAAUAAUAAAUGUGUUGCUAACCUGCAGUGCUCAGAGCAGAUUCUGAAUUGGAUUAAUUAUUGUGGGUUUUUAUUUGGUCUUGGGCCAUACCUGGUGAUGCUCAAGGGCUCCACCUGGCUCUGUCCUCAGGGAUCACUCCUAGCAGUGCUCAGGGGACCAUAUAGGAUACUGGGGAUCAAAUCCAGGACCACCACAUGCAAGGCAAGAGCCCUACCCUCUGUACUAAGGCUCUGGCCUCAUCAUGGGUAUUCAUGUCCAAGCUUAUGUUUGGGGGUCCUUAAGCAUCGUGUUGGAGAAAGCCUAGCGCCCAACAGUUGAAGUAUACUGGCAACCCUCCAGCUUCUGACAAGUGAAGGCAGUGGGCCAGGUCUAUGCUGAGCAACCUGGAAACCAGGGUCCUCACCCUGCAUUGACCCUCCUGUAGGGCAAUACCUUUCAGGAUUUGGAGUCUCUGACUCCGUUUCCUGGAAAUAAUACACUGUUCUUCAGGACAUCUUCAGAAUGAGGCUGAAGGUGGGGCCAUCUUGGGCUGGUACGGAAAGAAGAGAAGUGAUCAAAAGAGUAGGAGUGGGGGGGCGGGAGCGAUAACACAGCGGGUAGGGCGUUUGCCUUGCAUGCGGCCGACUCGGGU